AUGAAAAUUAAACUAUUAUUACUGCUAAUAUCUAUAAUAACAGUAAAUACAACACAAUUAUUAUCACCAGAAGAAAUAGAAUUAUUAAAUAAUGAAAUAGUCAAGAAAUAUCUAACAAAAUGGAUAUUAAUUAAUACACAUAGCUUACUAAAUUUUGAUAUGGCAUAUUUAUUGUAUGAAAGUGGUGGCAUAUACAAUAAAAGGAACUACGCAGAAGAAAUAGAGAUUAAAUCAACUGUACAAACCUACAAAGACUCUUCUAAUAAUGCUUUAUACCAAAGAUACCCUUAUAAAGAUGUUUAUUAUGAUUAUUUUGAUAGGGAGAAUAAGGGAGAAGAAAGAUUUAAAUACAUAAAAGAGUAUCAUAAUACAUUAAUUAAUAUGUUUACUUAUACAGAUAAAUUUAAUACUCCCUUAUCAGAUGGAUUAACAGAUGGAUUAACUAUAUUCUUAAAACACCAAGAUAUAUUACCGUAUGUACACAAAGUAUUAGCAUCACUUUUUUUAAUUUCUGAAGGAUUGAAUAUUUCCCUUUUUGUACAAAAAAUCAAUGACAAAGAUUUUCUUAUACUAAAAAAAUUUAAUUCAACAGAAAAACAUUUUAUGAUUGAUUUGCACCUGAAAUUCAUUAAAAAUAACGAAGAAAUAACGGUAAAACAAGAAAAAACAAAAAAUAUCAUAAACUUUUUCAUAAAUAACAGAAAUAAUCCAAUUAUAGAAAAAUAUAACUACACUGAACCUGAAACAUACGAAAAUUUUUACACUGCAAAAUUUUUAUACAAUCCAAAGAUUCUUAUUUAUUCGUAUAUAUAUGAGCAUAUCACAAAAAAAGAAGAAAUGCUUGGUUUUAUACGGACAGUAUACGAUUUAUUAUAUGAGUGUAUGAAUACGCCUAUUUAUACCACUAAAAAUACAAAAAAAACGGAUAUUUCCAUAUUAAGUAAUACUAAAAAGUUUGCAAAUUCAUUAUAUAAAAAAUAUUUUAUAGAAGUAUUGCCAUCCAACAGAAUUUUCAGGUAUUCUCCUGUUAAUGAAUUAGUAAAGUAUAAAAAUAGGACUAUUUCAAAUAAUUUACCAAUUAUAUUGCAUAACCCGAAUGUAACCCUAAAUAGAGAAUAUAUUCAACCAACAGGUGGAAUCUGGUUAUUAAAAUUAAUUAAGUGCAUAACUUAUAACCCAAUAACUCAUAAGUAUACGACUGAUCAUCUACCAAAUGCAAAUUUUAAAUUAAUUAAUUUUAUUAAAAAAGUAAAAAAUUAUUUUCCAACGGAUUUAUCAACUGAAAUAGGCAAAACUUGGAAUUCUUCCUUUUAUGGUAUAAUUAAUGAAAAUAGUGCAUUAUUUAAUACACAAGGCAUAAUAAGUACGCUUGAGGUUAUAUCUAAGCUAACUAGUAAUCAUACAAGAAAUAAGCAUUUUAUUAUGUUUAAGGAGAAUAUCCGUAAAUAUGGUAAUACUGGCAUGUUAUAUAAGGAAAUUGAAUUAUAUACUAAAGAAUUUUUAAAACCGUUAUUUAAAUCUUAUUAUUUAUUUCCUAAUACGGAAAACAAAAAUACAAAAGAUUUAGAUAUAAAAAUUUUUAUAGAAAAUUUUAGUAUUUUAAACAUACCUAAAAAUAAGACUUAUGAUGUAUUCGGUAAGAUAUUUAUUAGGUUUAUAACACAUGAACAAGAAGAAGGGAUUAUAUUGGAUAUAAAUGAGUCAGGUAUUGAUUUUUAUACAGAAAAAAGAAAAAUUCAUCAAUUACCCGAUACGGCAGAGCAUUGGCUUAGAUAUAAGGUGGAUUAUGUUAAAAAAAGAAACAAAAAUUUUUAUGGUUUUUUAUUUUUAAAUUUUUUAAAAAUGCAGUUAAGAUUACUAAAUAAGGAAAAUACCGGCAAUAUUAAUUAUUUAAUAGAAACCGUUAAUUUAAUUAUAAAUAACGAUAAAAAUAAGGUUGACAGAUUAUUUCUUGGCGGCAGAAUAGAAAAUAUUUUUUAUAAGGAAGAUAUUUUGGUGUGUUAUUUAUUACACAUUGUGUAUUUAAAAAAGUCAAAACUAUCGAUACAAUUUAUUACUAAUAUACUAGGAAGUGAAGAAUUAAGUGAUCAUUGUGUACAAAGUAUUCUACUGCCAAUUGUGAUUUAUACAGGCAUUUACAGCGAGUGUAAGAAAUUAUUACACUUAGACUUAUUACACAAUUACUUAAAUAUACCAAUACAUAUUACACAAUUACUUAAAAUUCUUGAGUAUUUAAUAAGUAUAAACUCACCAGAAAUUCUUACACAAUGGUUUAAAAGUUUUAUAGGGUUAGACUGGCCUAAUACAUAUUCUGUAUAUGAACUGCUUAAAUACGCCCCUAUAAAGAUCAAAUUGGGUGUACUUGACUGUAUAAGUAAUAACGGUAAUACAGUUGAUUAUAUUAAAAAAUUAGUAAAAAUUGUUAAAAAAACAAAAAAUAUCCGUUAUAACGGUAAUUGCCAUAUAAGGAAAUCCAAUGAAAUAUUUUUAAUAUUUUUAGGUAUUUCCUGUCAUAAUAAGACUAAGUACACUAAUAUCAUUAAGUACUGUUAUGAUUCUAUUGUGUAUAAUAAUAGUAUUACACUUAUUUACACUGGGGAUACUUCUCCUGUAUAUAUUAGGACAGUAUACCAAGUAUUAGUACAAGAAAAAAUGAGACUAUGUGUAAAAAGUUCUGGUAUACGAAAAUAUAAAGCAGUUUUAUACUCAUACCGGAUAUAUCUGGAUAAGUAA